CACAUUAACCACCUUCGCCAUUUCCAUAUUCAAAACUAACAUCGUUUUCUUUAAUCAUGGUUAUAAUCAUUAUUACAAACAAAGCAGAGAUGUCCGAGAUCUUCUAAAUAUCUUAUGGACAUGUAAAUUCGUUGAGGACAUUUAACGAUCGCUUGAUGUACGAGAAACUGGUGAUCGAAAGAGUGCACAAAAUCGCACCAUUGGCGGACUUACAUGCGAAAAUGAGGUCUUCUGUAAAACUUUCUUGUACAUGCACGUCGCGUUACUUGUUAUUGUUAAUUCUAAUCAACAAUUACGCAUGGGACACAUCUGCUUUAAGCAAUCCUGAAGACGGUGUAAAAUUGCACGUACAAGAUGACCAGGUUGUGAUGGACAAUGGGUUAGUUCAAAUGAAUAUAUCUAAUCCUUUUGGAUCAGUCACUGGAGUUCCGUACAACGGUAUCGAUAACUUGCUAGAACCAUCAAUGAGUUCAAUCAUGGAGGGUACUGGGAUCUGAGCUGGAGCCAAAGGGGAAACAAAGGAACGUAUUUUCUGUAAGUAAAAAGAAAACGAUUUUCAUGACAUUGUCGGAGUCUAUGUUGUAAAAGGUGCUGGACGAGGCGAGACGCCAAGCCCAUUUCCUCGCCUCGCCUAGGGCUUAAGCGCUCCCUGGGUGCC